GUGGAUUCCGUUUGGCGCCAACUAGGAAAGGGGGGCGGGGCAGCGGCCGUCCCUAGUGAGCCGCUAUUACCGCGAAAGGCCUUCCUGGCAGCGACAGUCGGAAGGGAGGUGAAGGUCCGCUUGGUACUCUGUGACCCCGGUUUGGAGUAGGGGCUGAGAAGAAAGCGAAGAGAGUGUGAGCCCUGGCCGUUGCCUCGCGGCUCUGGCCGCUUUCCUUUCCCGACCCGUCGCGUUUGUUUGGAUUUAAUCUUCAGGUUGCCGGCGCCCGCCCGCCUGCCGGCCUCGCGGAGGUGCGGGGGGAGCACCCGUGCAUGUGACUGGCGCCUGCCGGGUCCAGACACCCGCCCGUCCGCGCCGCUUACCCACGGCAGUCGCGUCCCUGAACCGCGGGGUCGUGUUUGUGUUUGACCCGCGGGCGCCCGCGGCUGGCCGCGCGGCCGAAGCCGGUGCAGGCGGGGCGGGGCGGGCGCGGCGGAGGCGGAGGCGGAGGAAGAGGGAGCGGGAGCAGUGGGAGCCCCGGCGCCGCCAUGGAACUGGGCCCGGAGCCCCCGCACCGCCGCCGCUUGCUCUUCGCCUGCAGUCCCCCUCCCACGCCGCAGCCAGUUGUGAAAGCGCUGUUCGGCGCGCCAGCCGCUGGAGGCCUGUCGCCUGUCACCAACCUGACGGUCACCAUGGACCAGCUGCAGGGGCUGGGCAGUGAAUAUGAACAGCCACUGGAGGUGAGAAACAGCAGUCUGCAGAGAAUGGGCUCCUCUGAGUCAACUGAUUCAGGCUUCUGUCUGGAUUCUCCUGGGCCCUUGGACAGUAAAGAAAACCUUGAAAAUCCCAUGAGGAGAAUAAAUUCCCUACCUCAGAAGCUCUUGGGAUGUAGCCCAGCCCUGAAGAGGAGCCAUUCUGAUUCUCUUGACCAUGAUGCCUUUCAGCUGAUGGACCAGGAUGAGAACAAGGAAAACGAAGCCUUUGAGUUUAAGAAGCCAAUAAGACCGGCAUCUCGUGGCUGCCUGCACUCUCAUGGACUUGAGGAGGGUAAAGAUAUCUUCACACAGAGGCAGAACUCUGCCCCAGCUCAGAUGCUUUCCUCGAAUGAAAGAGACUGCAGCGAGCCAGGGAAUUUCAUUCCUCUUUUUAUGCCCCAGUCCCCUGUCACUGCCACUUUGUCUGAUGAGGAUGAUGGCUUCAUGGACCUUCUUGAUGGAGAGAACCUGAAGAAUGAUGAGGAGACCCCAUCAUGCAUGGCAAGCCUCUGGACUGCCCCCCUUGUCAUGAGAAGGACUACAAACCUUGGCAAUCGAUGCAAGCUGUUUGACUCUUCUUCCACAUGUAGCUCUGUCACCCGGUCGGUGUUAAAAAGACCAGAACGAUCUCAAGAGGAGUACCCGCCUGGAAAUACAAAGCGGAGAAAGAGCAUGGCUGCGGCCGGUCCCGAAGAGGCAGCUGGUCCAGAGAAGCCCCAGGAGAUUAUACAUCAGUCUUUAUCCCUGGCAUCUUCCCCUAAAGGGACCAUUGAGAACAUUUUGGAUAAUGACCCAAGGGACCUUAUAGGAGACUUCUCCAAGGGUUAUCUCUUUCAUACGGUUGCUGGGAAGCAUCAGGACUUAAAAUACAUCUCUCCAGAAAUUAUGGCAUCUGUCUUGAAUGGCAAGUUUGCCAACCUCAUUAAAGAAUUUGUUAUCAUUGACUGCCGGUAUCCGUAUGAAUAUGAGGGAGGCCACAUCAAGGGUGCGGUGAACCUGCACAUGGAAGAGGAGGUAGAAGACUUCUUGCUCAAGAAGCCCAUCGUUCCUACUGACGGCAAGCGUGUCAUUGUGGUGUUCCACUGCGAGUUCUCUUCUGAGCGAGGCCCUCGCAUGUGCCGGUAUGUGAGGGAGAGAGAUCGGCUUGGUAACGAGUACCCCAAACUCCACUACCCUGAGCUGUAUGUCCUGAAGGGCGGGUACAAGGAGUUCUUCCUGAAGUGCCAGUCUCACUGUGAGCCCCCCAGCUACCGGCCCAUGCACCACGAGGACUUCAAAGAAGACCUGAAGAAGUUCCGCACCAAGAGCCGGACCUGGGCAGGGGAGAAGAGCAAAAGGGAGAUGUACAGCCGUCUGAAGAAGCUAUGAGGGCGGUGGGGCCGGACCGCAGCAGCCAGAGCCUCCCUCCAUGCCACCUCUUCCCUCUUCGCUGCAGAGAAAUUGAGCAGAGGGGCCAGCGGUGUGGAGAACGGGCCUGGGGCUUGCACGCCUCGCUCGCAUCUGCGCUCCCAGGGCUCCUGCCGGCAUUGCCUCUUCUGUCCCCGUAAGACGUUCUCUGCCUUGGGACUGUCUGUCAAGGCUGUGACUCGCCACAGCACAGUUCCGAGCACCAAGCCAAGAAGUUCUGACCCUCACCCCCGCUGUUGGACGAACGACCUGAGGCCUUAUUGGCACUGUCCUCUCGUGAGGGGAGGGACAGGAGGGGGAGAAGGAGCGCGAGUGGGAAGCUGCUGGCCACGUACCAAAGACAGCCUGGGAGGGGGUGGUCUCUGUGGGAUAACCCGUAUCUUUAAUUUAUUCAACUUCAUCAAUCACUUUAAUUUUUUUUUUUUUUUUAACUCCUGGAGACUUUUAUUUAACUGCUUCUUUAAGUCACAAUACUGCCAUUCUAGGUAGGGUUUUAUCAUCCCAGGGACUACCUCUGCUUUAAAAAAAAAAAAAAAAAAUGUAU